AUGGUCGCGACCAUCCUGUUCGGCGCAAUGUUUCUCACACGAAAACGCAACUUCAGAGUGCUUGACCGCUCGUCGUCACCGCGGCCGGGAUAUCUCGACAGCGACUCAACCUCGACAGAACACCUCCUCUCAUAUCCCACCGACAGCGACAGUGAUCUCGAAGAUUUCUCGACGGCUAAGAACCCGCCGAAAGUACGCAACUUGGGAUGCUGCAAGGUGGCUACGCCGAACACUUCGCGGUUCCGGAAUAAUAUCCACAGUCGCAUACUGCAGCGCUUUCCGUUCUUGAUUGAGAUGUUCUAUUGGAUCAUAAACUACGCCUUCUACCGCAUGACUUCGGUGCUUUCGAGCAAGCUGUUUGCGGGGCGGGGGAUUUGGGAUGUCGCGCAGGAACAUGGCAUAUCCGUGCUGGAAGCUGAGGAGUACGGCAUGUUGAACUUCUUGUUCCCCGUCCGGGAGAGGGAUGUUCAGCAGUGGUUCAUGCACGGGCAUCAGGAUGCGCUCACGGUGCUGAACAAGUGCUAUGCGCUGAUCCACAUCCCUGGUACUGUUGGAUUUAUCUGCUGGUACUACUACGUCGCACCAUCAUUCGACACAUUCGCAACUGCCCGCCGCACCAUGACGCUCACCAACUUCUGCGCCUUCAUGACCUUCAUCGUAUACCCCUGCAUGCCACCCCGCCUGCUCCCCAAGGAAUACGGGUUCCUCGACACAGUCCGCCACGACGAUGCGCAGAGCGUCUGGAUGAGCGGGAAAUUCGUCAACAUGCUGGCCGCGAUGCCGUCGAUGCACUUUGGCUACGCCUUCUGCAUCGGCAUGACAGUCAUCUACCACUCCGGCGUGUUCCGGCGCACGCUCGAACGGGGCGAAGUGCGCAAGAACGCUUUCUGGAAGAUCUUUUACCUUUGUGUUGGGCUUGGAUACCCGACAUUCAUCUUGGUCACUAUCGUGGCGACGGCGAACCAUUACUUCAUGGACGCCAUGGUCGCGACGUGCUUUGUUUUCUUCUCUUAUCUGUGCAACAAGGUGUUUUACGUCUUCAUCCCUCUGGAGGACAUGCUUUUGUAUAUCAUCAGGGCGGAUAAGCCGGUGCCCACGACGGGCGACCGGUUCCACGAGAAGGGCGGGAGGUUGUAA